AUGGCGGGAGUUCCGUCAGGUCGAGCGUGUGAGGCUUGCCGCAAGCAGCGCCGCAAAUGCGAUCAGCAACAGCCGUCGUGCUCACGAUGCAAACGAUUGAAAAUAACAUGUGUAGGUGCUGGGGUGAGACGAUAUCUCUUCAAAUCCUACGAUGCCUCGAAUGAGGCUUGUAAAGCAUCGAAACAAGAACACACAUCACCAGAACGUCGAGACAGGUUGCGUAUUGCCCCAUCGCCAGGAAAUCACAGAUCAAUGGUUGUGGCAGCCUUCGUUCGCGGUCUUCAAGUUGUCGACCUAAGAUUUGAUCUUUCCUGGGCACAUGGCCCAUUCUUGCAUGAUGUGCCGAAACGCUUGGGACAGAGUAGAGUCCUUGACACAGCAGCUAUGGCCCUCAUCGCCAACUUUUCGAACUCCUCUCCUAUUCAGGCGAAACAAUGCCCGCGAGCAACGUACAUAUUCGACCGAGCCGUCAAAGCUCUUCGCUUGGGUCUGAGCAACCAAAGAGAGGCUCGAUCUAUAAACACUCUUUGCGCUAUCUAUCUACUCUGUAUAGUCCAGAACUGGAUCGGUCUUUCCGAUGAAGCGGGUUUCCAAGGUCAUGGAGAAGGUGUAGCGCAGAUUCUGAACUCUGGCAUCGACUAUAACCCCAUGGAUGAUUUUGAACGAAACAUCAUUGCAACACUAUGCAGCGCAGUGAUCCUGGAGAGGUUCAGGAACCCUAAGAUUCGGAUUGUGACAUCAAGUCACCCCUGGAUUUCCUGGAAUAAGUCUAUUGGCCUUCAAUGUUGUCAAGAUGACUCUUCCCCUCCGGCAGUAUCCGAAGACGAGAGACAUGGUACACCUCAAGAGUUGCUUCGUCUUCUCACGAAGGCUCCCGACUUCUUUUGGGCGGAUGGACUACGAAAAGAUGCGCGAACAUUCUAUGAAGACAUCCUUUUGGUUAUCAAGAAGUUUCGUCAAUGCAUCGACGAAAACAUACCAGUUCCACCGUUACGAUCAGAUGGGAAAGAGACAAAAUUCUUUAAGAUAGAGGAGCUGUCUGAUGCGGCAAGAAUUGAAUGCCAUAACAAAAGGCGAUACAGCUUCGCUCUAGGCUUGGGAUUGAUGUUUAAUGCUUAUCUACGAACCAACAAGAUGCAGGACACCACACUCACAGCCCAAGCGAGAUACUUCACAAUGGAGCUGCUUAACAUCGCUGAACGAGCCGCCCAGUACCGGCCAUUAGGAGCUGGAUAUAUGAUAACCCACUUGCUAGCUGCAUGGACAGUGGAGACAGACUACGUUCUCAAGCUUGACAUCGAAAGGAUUCUAGCACUAUAUCGAGUCAAUCUUGCGCAACGUCAUUUCAGGAAUGUUAGCCUCGAGGUCGAACAAGAUUCAUGGACGAGGCUACGUAGCCUGUCCUCCGCGGACGCUAUGUUCACACCCCUGGGCGUGGACAUCCUAACGUUCGGCCGACCUCCUGGUGGCACUAAAACGGUGGCAUUGCUAAAUCGCUUUUCCCCUCUACCUGCUAUGAUCGCCUCCGUGUAA